UUUUUUUUUCCUUUCCUCGUUUUUUUUUCUCUCUCUCAAUUUUGUAUUUCUCCCUAAAAACACCCACACACACAGUGGAUUGAAUUUCAUUUGCGUGUGAAGGAGCAUAAUAAUAACUCCAUUUGCGUGUGAAGGAGCAUAUAUAUGGCUGGGAAGCUAUCAACGUGGUUUGUAUUAAGCAGCGGCAGCAGCAGUCAUGGAUGGAAUGAUGAUUGUAAGAAGCAUUAUUUCAGUUUGCGGCUGUUUCCUCGAUCAUUGGUUUCCUGCAAAAUGCGUCCACAACGCUCCAGUAAUAGCUUGCCACGACCCAGGAGGCCUCAAGCAAAGAAAAUUUUCCCAGCACAACUUCCCCAAAGUGACAACCUCGUGCCAGAUGGCAGCGGACAUAGUGAUUCAGAGAAUACAGAUGACAUAUCAGCUUUAUCCAGCAACUCUAUAUCUAAGGAUAUAGUAGCAAUUCAACGUUACGAUGAUAGAAAUUCCAGCAAUAAAUUGAACCUGUCUAUUGGUGCAGAUAAAGUGAAUGAGCUCUCCACUGUAAAUAUUCAAGAUGUAAUUGGGAUGAUACGAAAUGCAGAGAAAAAUAUUCAUAUCCUAAACCAAGCUCGCAUCCAUGCAAUUGAAGAUUUAGAAAAGAUACUUGGUGAAAAAGAGACCUUGCAAAGAGAGAUUAACAGUUUGGAGAUGAGGCUGGCUGAAACUGAUGCACGGAUCAGAGUUGCUGCACAAGAUAAGAUACACGUGGAGCUAUUACAAGACCAUUUAGAGAAGCUUCAAACAGAAAUGUCCAACAGAAAUGAAAUUCAAGAUAUUGUUCUCCGGUCUCCAGAUCGGCAAACCCGUGUUUUAAGUGAGGAGCUGAAUAUUUUAAGGAAUGAGAACAUGUCCCUGAAAAAUGAUUUAAUGAGACUUCAGGAGGAGCUUAGUGAAGUCAAGAAAACAGAUGAACGUGUUGAAAUGCUGGAGAAAGAACGAUCUAUUUUGGAGUCUUCACUGAAGGAGUUGGAGUACAAGCUUACUUAUUCCCAGGAGGACGACUCACAACUUUCAACUUUAAGAUCAGAGUACGAGACCCUAUGGGAUAAGGUAGAGCAUUUGCAAGGAUUACUUGAUAAGUCAACUAGCCAAGCAGAUCAAGCUAUAUUGGUAUUACAGCAAAACCAGGAGUUGAGAAAAAAGGUUGAAAGGCUGGAAGAGUCCCUUGAAGAUGCUAGUAUUUACAAGUUAUCAUCAGAAAAGUUGCAACAGUACAACGACCUAAUGCAACAGAAAAUAAAGCUACUUGAUGAAAGAUUAGAAAGGUCUGAUGCAGAGAUACAUUCUUAUGUACAGCUAUAUCAAGACUCUGUGAAGGAGUUUCAAGAUACACUUGAUAACUUAAAAGAGGAAAGUAAGAAAAAAGCAUCAGGUAAACAUGUCGACAUGCCAUGGGAAUUCUGGAGUCGUUUAUUGGUCAUGUUUGAUGCUUGGUCUCUUGAAAAGAAAAUUGAUGGCGAUGAGGCUAAGCUGCUCAGGGAUAUGACAUGGAAAAAGGAUACACGUAUCCAUGAUGUGUACAUGGAAUGCAAGGAUAAGAAUGAACGUGAAACUAUCACUGCUUUUCGUAAAUUGACAUCUUUAUCAUCCAGUCCAGGAUUGCAUGUUAUUCAUAUUGCUGCUGAGAUGGCACCAGUUGCUAAGGUUGGUGGUCUAGGGGAUGUGUUGUCUGCUCUUAGUAAAGCACUACAGAAGAAAGGGCACCUCGUGGAAAUAAUUCUCCCAAAAUAUGAUUGCAUGCAGUAUGAAAGUAUUCAGGAUUUGAGGGUCUUAGAUAUAGUGGUAGAGUCAUAUUUUGAUGGCCAAUUGUUUAAGAAUAAAAUUUGGGUUGGUACUGUUGAAGGGCUUCCGGUGUACUUUAUUGAGCCUCUUCAUCCUGCUAAAUUUUUCUGGAGAGGGAAAACCUAUGGGGAACCUGAUGAUUUGAAGCGUUUCUCUUUCUUUAGCAGGGCAGCACUUGAACUGCUUUAUCAAGCUGGCAAAAAACCAGAUAUUAUUCACUGUCAUGAUUGGCAGACUGCUUUUGUUGCACCCCUCUACUGGGAUAUUUAUGCACCUAAAGGACUAAAUUCGGCUAGGAUAUGCUUCACAUGUCACAAUUUCGAGUAUCAAGGUACUGCACCUGCUGCAGAAAUAGCAUCUUGUGGCCUUGACAUUCACCACCUUAACCGACCAGAUAGGAUGCAGGACCAUUCAUCAACUGACAGAAUAAAUCCUGUAAAGGGUGCUAUCGUGUACUCCAACAUUGUCACAACAGUAUCACCAACCUAUGCACAAGAGGUGCGAACUUCAAAGGGAGGACAAGGGCUACAUGCAACCCUUAAUGCUCAUGCUAAAAAGUUUGUGGGGAUUCUGAAUGGAAUUGAUACUGAUGCUUGGAAUCCUGCCACUGAUGGCUAUCUCAGAUUCCAGUAUAAUGCCAAUGAUCUCGAUGGGAAGGCUGAGAAUAAAAAAGCCCUAAGAAGACAUCUUGGGCUUUCUAUUGCAAACAGUAGGAGGCCAUUGGUUGGCUGUAUAACAAGAUUGGUACCACAGAAGGGUGUGCAUCUGAUCAGGCAUGCGAUUUAUCGAGCAUUGGAAUUGGGAGGACAGUUUGUAUUGCUGGGUUCGAGCCCUGUGCCAAGUAUUCAUAGAGAAUUUGAGGAAAUCGCGAACAAAUUUCAAACUCAUGAGCAUGUUCGGCUGAUUUUGAAAUACGAUGAAGCUCUUUCCCAUACAAUAUACGCAGCAUCGGACAUGUUUAUCAUCCCAUCUAUAUUUGAGCCUUGCGGCUUAACACAGAUGAUAGCCAUGAGGUAUGGUGCAAUCCCCAUUGUUAGAAAGACAGGGGGUCUAAAUGACAGUGUCUUUGAUGUUGAUGAUGAUACGAUACCAGUUCAAUUAAGAAAUGGAUUUACAUUUGUAACACCGGAUGAGCAGGGAUUCAAUGGUGCUUACGACCGCGCCUUCAACCACUACAAUAGUGACAGCGAAGGUUGGCAAGAGCUAAUGCGCAAGGUCAUGAGCAUAGACUUCAGUUGGGAUACAUCAGCGGCACAAUAUGAAGAACUGUACCAACAAUCAGUAGCUAAAGCGAGAGCAGUUAAUCGUGCAGCUGGCUAAUUUUAAUAGACAAGACCAGUUUUCUCUCAAACUACAUUACAAGUGAACUCAAAUCAAAGGCUUCAUGUACCGAAGAGUAAUGCUAAUGCUACACUCGCAAUACUUGACCAUGAUCAGAUGAUUACUAUCAGAUAGAGAAACUUGAAGGCAUUUGGUCCUUCCCGCCACAAAUGGUUUAUAUGACAUUUAGUAUUUUUUUUUGUCCAUAUUAGUUAUCUUCACGAUUUCUUGACAAUGUAAAUCAUGGUCCAUAUGUGGUUUUAAAGAAAAUUUAUUGGACAAAUUGUACAUUGAGAGGUUAUCAUUCACAUACAUGUAAAAAAGUAUUUUGUCAAUAAGAUGUGACUAUUAGCUA